AAUCAUUUAAAAUGCAAUUAUCGAUAAUUCUACUCGUCUGUACCGGAGCCCAUCUCGCUUACUCCUACGACGAGAAAUACGACAGGAUAGAGAUAGAGAACAUAGUGGCCAAUGAAGACAUUCAUAAAGCUGUUAACGACUGUAUUCUGGGGAGGGUGGACUGCGGUCCAUAUUGGGACGAAGUCAGAGAGCUAGCGGCAGAAAUCGCUGUGGACCGCUGUGCGCAUUGCACGGAGCGUCAGAAGGUUGUGGUGGGGACAUACAUCAGCGCCACCAAGAGCAAGUACCCCGACAUCUGGCGGCAAAUACACCAAAUGUUCAAGAAGAUUCCACAGAAAUUAUAAUUAACUUAUACUUAU